UAAGUGGUUCUGUAAAUUAAGAAUUAUGCGUAAAAAGUUAGCACAUGUCAAACUUUGUAUGACAAAUAAACUUUUAUGAAGAAAGAUAAUUUGAACUUUCAGCUCACAUAAGCUAAAAAUAAACAGUAACAAGUGCAAAAAGGUUAUUAAGUUCAACAUAAGCAGAAGUCAUUUGAAAUCAAUAUGAAUACCUUUGACUUUUCUUGGCUAACAAUACAGUGAAAAGAUUUCAAACUUUUCAACAAUAAUAGUAACAGGAAAUUCAUGCACUUGUGAUACGAUCCCAAUAGUUAUAAAGGGAACUCAAACUUCCUCAAUACAAAAAGAAAGAAAAAUCAAGAAAAUAAAUGCACUCUGUUUUUGACACCGUAUCAGAUAUAUACGUAUAAAUAUAUAACUGUAUGUUCUAACUAAAAGAAAAACAUGUUUCCUAAAACUUCUUAAUCUUUUAAUGAAACUAGUUAGAAAUAGAAGCCUUGAACUGCCAGUUGCCUGUAGAUGAGCAGAAGAGAAUACACUAAAAGAUUACGAGACACUGCCUGCAAUGGUGUGCAGGAUUAUCAGCAAUGUGAGUGGUCACAGAUGCCAAAUAGGAUAGAGAUGUGUGGCUAACCAGACUUCAUGACAAUAACUGUUUAACUAAAGAAACAGAAUUUUCAGUGGUCAUCAAGAAGUUCAGAAAUGGAUGCAUUCAUUAGCUGUUGCAUGCUGGAAGAUUAAGAUGAUAUGAAGGUCAUCCAGAGUGACUAAGAUGAGAUGAAGGUCAUCCAGAGUGACUGAAACAGCAGAAGGAAUUUGACGCAGUCCAUUGGUUUGUGAUCUAGGCCAUGUCACAGAAGGAGUCUGUCACUGGAAGAAGGAAGAUGUGAAUUCUCAAGGAGUUCCCCCUGGAUCUGGCUAUCUAUAAAUAUAGAAUCAAAGGGCAACCAGUAAAGAAAAGUUGAUUUUUAACGAGGCAGUUGUAGAAAGUUCAUCAAUACAGGAAAAAAGAAAAUUGAAGUUUGAAGUUACACACAAUAGGUGUGAUUGGUACCAUGUUGUAGGAUCAGGCGAUGUCUGACAUGUCUUUAGAAUGGAAUUCCAGUCCUUAACACCCCCUCCUGGGAAUCAUACAAACACUGGCAUGGCUCUUACACUCACCUCUACCCCUAACUCAUAUGGAGCUAUGAAGUUUAGUGCCUCUGAGAGCCAGUAUAAAUCCGAAAGACUGGAGAAACCUCCAGAAAAAUCUCUUUCAAAUAGUGCUUCUAGUUCUGUCAAGAACAAUGGACCUGACAGUUCAGUGGAUAGUGACGAAUCCGAUGAUAGUUCCAGCUCAGAGGAUAGGGUCAAGCCCAGUUGUAGCAGGCUGGAUGAGCUCUCCGACGAUAAUGAACCUGUGGAUUGUGACAGUUGCAAUAAGGAUUUUCCCUCCAUGCAGGCCUAUAUGGAACACAGUUGUGCUAGGAAAUCCUCUGAUUAUGUGACUUCUGAAACCUUCCAGGCUCCCAUUGAUGGUGACCUUAGUGAGGGAGAGAGUUUUGAUGGGAAGAUUGUUUAUAAUUCUGAUGGGUCCGCUUACAUCAUUGAAGGGGGAGACUCUGACCUCAGUGAUCUUGACUCUAUUAUUGAUUUGCCAAAUCAAGAGACCAUCAUUGUUGACAAGAAAGGAAGUGAUAUUGCAUCACAAGUCCCAGCAUUUCCUCACAUAGCAAAUGCUUUCUUUGUGUCAAAAAACUUUAAAAAUAUGUAUAGCAUUCCAUCUUCUCCUUGCCCUGCCCCAAUUAUGUUUAGUUACAGAGUAUAUGAUGUGCGAAAUGAAAAGUCAGACAGUGAUAUUGAAGUGGAGCAAAAUUCUACCUCAGAUGAAAGCUUGGUCCCAACAAAACCCAUAUUAAUGUGCUUUAUAUGUAAACUGUCUUUUGGAUAUGCAAAGUCUUUCAUGGCACAUGCUUCCUCAGAACAUUCAAUGUCUCUUAAUGACCGGGAAAAGGACAUUAUGUCAAAGAAAAAUGCAUCUGCAAUCAUCCAGUGUGUUGGUAAAGAGAAGGAACCACUCAUGUCUUUUUUGGAACCAAAACCUCUUUCAUCUUCUCCAAAAAUGCGACCUUUAUCGUCCGCCUCGCAAUUAUUUUCUCCAAGUAGCAUAAAGCAGUCAUCAUAUGGUUCCAUAGGAGAAAAUACGUCGGUCAGUUUUGUUUACUCCAAACCAAAACUGUCUUCACCACCAUUUUUACAACUGAAUUCUGGGAAAUCCUCAUCUGAAAAUUCUCAGGGACAACUGGCAAAGAAAGAACUUGAUUCUCAGCACAAUGACAUUAAAAGUUCCACCAAUGGAUAUGACGAUGAUGAAAAUGACAAUUUGGCAGAUGAUGAUAUGUCAUCAUUAGAAAUUUCAGGUAUCAGAAAAAUAGAUUCUUCACAAGAGUCUAGUUUUCUACAGAAAAUGAAACAAAACAGUGAAUCUUUCACCAAGGGUAUGGUUUCAUCUAACAGUUCUCAGCUGUUUCCCCCUUCAACCAUUUCAAUGGCGAAUACCAGCCACUCCAUGAUGUUCUUGACAGUCUGUGAUGAACAUCCACAGGGCAGAGUCCAGGGAGUGGAGUGUCCCAAAUGUGACAUGGUCCUUGGUUCUUCUCAGUCACUAGGGGGUCACAUGACCAUGAUGCAUUCGAGGAACUCCUGUAAAACCCUGAAAUGUCCCAAGUGUAAUUGGCAUUAUAAAUAUCAGGAAACUUUGGAAAUACAUAUGAAAGAAAAACAUCCCGAUAAUGACCAACAAUGCCUUUACUGUAUCUCCAGCCAGCCUCAUCCAAGACUUGCCAGAGGGGAGAGUUAUUCAUGUGGAUAUAAGCCAUAUCGUUGUGAGGUCUGUAACUACUCCACAACAACCAAAGGAAACUUGAGCAUACACAUGCAGUCUGACAAACAUCUGAAUAAUGUACAGGAAUUGGCCAAUGGCAAUGCAGAAGUGAAGAUUCCACAACAGCUCCCUGCUCAACCACCUCAGCCACCUAUAGCAGUUGACCCUCUUAGCCAUCUGAAGAAGAACAAACCAAAACCGACAUGGAGAUGUGACGUUUGUAACUACGAAACAAAUGUUGCUCGAAACCUACGCAUUCAUAUGACUAGUGAAAAACACACUCACAAUAUGAUGGUGCUACAACAGAACAUGAAGCACAUGCAGCGUGAUAUGCAGAUUCAACAGAUGAAUCAACUCAUGCUGAUGCAGAAUGAUCCAGCAUUCUUGGCUGGUAUCUCCUCUCCAGUUCCUGGAAAUGUCAAUUUUCAGUUCGACCAGUCUAUGAUCAUGCCGGUUCUUCAAGGCCAGUUUGGAGAAAUUCCAGUAGAUAUGAGAAAAGAAAAUGGAGGAAUGGGUAUGUCCUUUGAUCCACAUACUCCAGAUGCUUCCAGAAUGUUUCAGUGCUGUGUCUGCAAUCAGCAUGCCACAGAUUCUUUAGAGAAUCUCCACCAGCAUUUACAACAUGACAGGACCAAGCACAGAGAGCAAGAGAAUAUCCACGUGUCUCAGGGCACCUAUAUCUGCAAUCUCUGCCAGUACAAGACACAACUAAAAGCCAACUUCCAGCUUCACUGCAAGACUGACAAACAUUUACAAAGGCUUCAACUAGUGAACCACAUAAAAGAGGGUGGAUCCAGCAAUGAAUGGAGGCUGAAGUACCUCAAUGUCAGUAAUCCUGUACAAGUGCGCUGCAAUGCAUGUGAUUAUUACACAAACAGUAUUCACAAACUCCAAAUCCACACUGGAAAUCCACGUCACGAAUCCAACUCCCAGCUAUUCCGUCACCUCCAACAUGGUGAGAACAAGCUCAGCCCAAGUAUUAAAAAGUAUUACCACUGCGCCCUAUGCAGCUUUUCAACGAGAGCCAAGCAGAACCUGAUACAGCAUGUCAGAUCCAUGAAGCACAUGCACAAUGAGGGUCUGAAGCAGAUCCAGAUGAAGGAGCAAAAUAUCACAGAGAUAGAUCCAGGCGAGAUCUUCAUGGUCAAAGAAUACAAGGAGGAAGAGGAGGAGAGCAUCAAAUUUGACGAAGAAGAUGGUGAGAGCGAGUUAGAUGACAGCAGUAUGGUGACAGAAACUGAGUUACCUGAUAAACACAGUGACCUUCCAGCCGGGAUGUUCACCCCCACCACCCUGCCUUCUAUUGCCAAGGGAGGGUCCAUCAACAAUAAUAACACAGGCUCUAGUAAUUCAAAUGUCAACAAUGAGGAGCAAAUCCAUGUAUGCCCAUACUGUGACUACAGCAGUGUCCAUGAAAUGAGGAUCCAAGGUCAUAUCCUCACCCAGCACACCCAUCGCUCACACCAAGUCCUCUGUCCCUUGUGUCAGGAAGAAUUCAAGGACAAGUCUCGUCUGGAACGCCAUCUGAUGUCCACUCACAGCGUCAAAGCCGAGGGACUGCAUCGUCUGCUCAUGAUGGUGGAUAAAGGGGACUGGAUGCCAUCACCUGUAACAAACACUCCUGCCAAUCAGAAUGCUGUCGUCCCAACACCCAACAUUCCAAUUAAUGAAUCAGGGGAGAUUAAUCUGGAGGUUAUGGAGGCAGAGGCUUCAAAGUUAGAAGUGGAAGAGGCUAUUGACACAGCAAAUUUCACAGAAAAAGGAGAGAUUGAUAAUCAGUAUCGCUGUCAAACUUGCUCCAAGACCUUCAGCAACAUUGAUGGACUUUAUGCUCAUCAAAAUGAACUGGGACAUUUAGAGCUCAAACAAACACCUAGGGGACCAGGAUAUCUCUGUUGGAAAAAAGGAUGCAAUCAGUAUUUCAAAACAGCUCAAGCACUUCAGGUUCAUUUCCGAGAAAUCCACGCCAAAUGCCAAAUUUUGUCAGCAUCUGAUCGCCACAUCUACAAGUACAAGUGUACCCAGUGCAGCCUAGCAUUCAAAAACUCAGAAAAGCUUGAAAUUCACAAUCAUUAUCACCUUAUUCGUGCAGCCACAAAGUGCAAUUACUGUGGUCAGUCAUUUAGCUCUAUUGCCACUCUAAGAAAGCAUGUAGAGUUGGGUCAUGCAGAAGUGGAGGAAUCGGACAAAAGAAAGAACUUUGAAUCUAUGAGUGAAAAUGCCGAAGCUUUGGCCAAAAUUUUAGCAAGCUCGGGUAUGGAGAAACUUUUGACCAAUGUAUCUUCUAAACAUGGAAAUGAAAAUUCCUCUACUUUGGAUGCUGAAAAAUCUUUACUUGUCAGCUCAGAAUCCAUAGAAAAUGCAAGUGAUGCAGCCAAAACCGAUUUGAAUUCCAAUGAAACUAUGGAUAAAUUGGACAGAGCGGAAACUUCUUCACCGACUGAGUCUGAAAAGAAAUUGGAAGACAUGGAUACAAGUGAUGGAAGUGAGUAUAAAGACCAGCAAUUUCUGGAAGAUUACAUGAACAGCCAAGCAAUUGCUGAAGGUGGGUAUGAAGACCCCAACAGGAAAUUCAAGUGCCACAGAUGUAAAGUUGCAUUUACUAAACAAAAUUACCUGACUGCUCAUAACAAAACUCUUCUGCAUCGAAAAGGAGACAAAAUGAGUUAUCCCAUGGAAAAGUACCUGGAUCCAAAUCGGCCAUUCAAAUGUGAUGUCUGCAAGGAGUCAUUUACGCAGAAAAAUAUCCUGGUGGUUCAUUAUAACUCUGUAUCUCAUCUUCACAAAGUAAAACAAGCUCUACAGCAAGGAGAAGGUCCUUUAUCCCCUCCAAACAAUGACUCCACACCAGCAACUACAGCAUCAACUUCUUCAGAGACACAGUCUCAGUCAAGUGCUGAGGACAAAAACAAAGCAUACAAAUGUAACAUCUGUAAAGUGUCAUACAGUCAAGGAUCAACAUUAGACAUCCACAUAAGAUCAGUGGGACACCAGACAACAGCAGCUAAACUCCCAGAACUCAUCAUGUCUGGGCAGAUUGAUUUGAGUCAACCAUUGAUUGAACAACCCAGUGAUGCACCCAAGUCACAGCAGCAGAAACUUUUGGCAGAAAUGCUUCAACCUCACCAAAUUUUGGCAGCCACCACUGCAGUUUCACAACCAUCUUUACUAUUUCCAGGCAUCACUUCUGGCAUUCCACCAAUGACAGGUCUAACUCAGUUUAACAUGCUGCCUGGAUUGUCAUUGCCCACUUCUGUCACUGAGUUAACUCAAUCACUGCCAUCACCUAAGCAUACUUCAUCCAAAUUCAAAGAUAACAGGGAUGGUGAGGAAGCAAUGGAAUUGAAGCAGGAGACCAAAUCAGAUGGUGUGGAGGAUAGCAAGUUUCUGAAAACAACAUACUCAUGCAACCGUUGUAAUGCUGUGUUCAUCAACCAAGAGAAUUUAUCACAACAUCAAAUAGCAUGCUUGUAUCAGUCUGGAAGUUUGGGUCCCCAGAAUCGAAGCAGAAAUUUGAAUUUUCUAGGGAGAAAGACACAAGUACAGAAAAAUCUCUUGGAAAAUAUUGGAUUUGAAUGUGUAAUGCAGUUUAACGAAUUUAAUCAACCUUCUAUAAAAAGAGAGGCAAUUGAUGAAGAGGAUGAUGAUGAAGAAGGGGAUGGAGAAAGCAAGGUAGAACCUGAGAGAGAAGAACAGAAAGAAGCAGACAAACCCGAGAGAGUUGAAAACAAUGAUCUGCCUGAACUUAACAAAAGUGUCUGUGUCACAUGCAAGAAAGAAUUUUCCAGCGUUUGGGUGCUCAAAUCACACCAAGAGGAAGUUCAUAAAGAAGUAGUUCCUAUUGAUUUGGUGGAAAAUCUUGGUGAACAGUUUAAAACUGACUUUGAGAAAAAGCAGCCUAAAGAAGCGGAGAAGGAUCCUUCUCCAGCACCCUCUGACUCGGUGUCCAUCUGUGCAAGUGAUGCUCCCACACCAACAAUGGAAUCCAAUUCAGAAAUGCCACCUCCACCUCCACCAUCAUCAGCACCACAGAUCAGUCCUGCUCAACUAGACAUGGCAGCCCAGAUGAUGCCCAUGUUUGGUUUGGGAAUGCACAUGCCUAUUCCUCUAAGUAUGGCCAUGGCUAUGAAUUUGCAGCCACCUCUGAUGCCAAUGAUGUUUGGCCCAAUGAUAGGAGAUGGAAGUCUACCAAACACCCCUACAUCUCUAGCAGAGCAAAGUCUACCCAAACAGCAACAAGCUGCACAAACAGCUCAACUAGCUGCCCAGCAAGCAGCUUUGAACCAGAAACGAGCAAGAACUAGAAUAAAUGAUGAGCAGCUGAAGAUAUUGAGAGCACAUUUUGACAUCAACAAUUCUCCCAGUGAAGAACAAAUUAACGCUAUGUCUGAACAGUCUGGACUACCACAGAAAGUAAUUAAGCAUUGGUUCAGAAACACCUUAUUUAAAGAACGACAGAGAAAUAAAGAUUCUCCAUACAAUUUCAAUAAUCCUCCUUUGACAACACUAGAUCUGGAAGAGUAUGAAAAGACUGGAAAGAUUCCACAGGUCAGUGAAGAAAAGUCUCAGGAUGUUAAGCCUGUUCUUGUCAAGGAACCUGAAAUCCAAGUGAAAAAGGAGAGUACCAAAGUUGAAACACCAUCAGUUACUCAGUUGUCUCAGCAGCAGCAGCAACAACAACAACAGCAAGAUUUCCAGAAACAAAUGCAACAACUUCAACAACAGCAGCAGCAACAUCUACAGCAACUCAAGCAGCAACUACAGCAACAACAAAAUAUGUUCAAGGAAAAAGUCCUAGAUUCAUCCCCAUUGAAGCAUGAAAACCCUCACCGGGAAUCCCCAGAGUUGAGUGAUAAUGAUUAUUCCAACAUGUCAGCAUCCUCCUCUAUCCCAUCAACACCAAAUCACAUGGCAUCUUUCAUGAUGACUUCAGGCUCUGGUGAUGACAUUAGACCUAGGUUUGAACCAACACCAUACCACAGUGGAUAUGCAAAACGUGCAAACCGCACUAGAUUCACUGAUUACCAAAUUAAAGUUCUUCAAGAAUAUUUCGAACAGAAUGCAUAUCCUAAAGAUGAUGAGCUUGACCAUUUGUCACAAAUUCUCAAUCUCAGUCCCAGAGUGAUUGUGGUCUGGUUCCAAAAUGCUAGACAGAAGGCCAGGAAAAUUUACGAAAAUCAGCCUCCACCAGAAAGCAAAGAAUCGCCCAGUGUCAACUCCAGUUCCCCAUUCCAAAGAACUCCAGGAUUGAAUUACCAAUGUAAAAAGUGCUCAGCUGUAUUUCAGCGCUACUAUGACCUGAUUCGUCAUCAGAAGAAGCAGUGUGGACUAGAUUCCGAAAAGAUUCAGAUGCCAUUACAUGGAGGAAUGGAGGAUGAUAGUGAUUCCUUGUCUACAUUGUCCAGAGAUGAUUUCAAUGAUGAAACCGCAUCUACUAACUCUCAUGAUGUGUCUAAUUCAGGGGAUAAAGACCAUGUAAACAAGAUAAGAUUUAAAUGUGAGAAUUGCCACCUUUCCUUUGAUGGACUGGAACACUGGCAGGAACAUCAGGCUGUACAUGCUAUGAACCCAGGAUUGUUUGGAAAUUUGCCAUCUAAUAGUGCUUUUGGAGUACUGCAGUCAAUGGCUGCUGCCCAACAACAAGAGAACAAGAACCUGAUGAAAAGGAAACUAAAUGACAGUUUUGAUGACAAGUUUGAUGAUGAUGAUGACCAACCUAGAGAUAAGAGAUUGAGAACUACAAUUCUGCCAGAACAACUAGACUACUUGUACCAGAAAUACCAAGUUGACUGCAAUCCAAGUAGAAAACAGCUAGAAACCAUUUCUGCCGAUGUGGGUUUGAAGAAACGUGUUGUACAAGUGUGGUUCCAGAAUACAAGGGCUCGAGAAAGAAAAGGACAAUACAGAGCACACCAGCAGCUCAUUCAUAAAAGAUGCCCUUUCUGUCGAGCUUUAUUCAGGGCCAAGUCAGCACUGGAAUCUCACUUAGCCACCAAACAUCCAGAAGAAAUGGCUAAGGGUGACAUCAAUGUGGAUAAUUUGCCUGAUGCAGCCAUAGAGCCUCCAGGAUCUCAUGGUUUUGGAUCACUGAUGACUUCACCAUCAGAUAUGAGUAAACUUCUGUCACCACACGGUAUGCAGUCUUUUAUGCCUGGACUCUCAUUCAGUGAUCAACUCCAGAUGUCUAUGAAGCAGUUUUAUGAAGACUCAUACAAAAAAUAUAUGUCUGAUCUAACAAGCACUCCAAAGGACCAUCCUGAAAAAGAAAAGGAGUUUGACACCCCUCACAUUUCAAAAUCAAAUACCACUAGUACAAAGUCCAGCAGUAGUGGAUCAGAGGCACCACUAGACCUGAGUAAACCACUUAAAGUAAACACUGACCAUGACAAGCAUUCAGAAGGACCAUCUACAGACAUAAGUGAGAGGAGCUUUGAAGAACAUAAUAUUUCUAACAAAAGUUUCAAUGACUCCAUUUCUGAGACAUAUUCUAACAAUGAGAAUGAAGAUUCCCACAGUAUCACAACAAGUCGCCCAUCCUCUCCAUCAGGACAUUCAUCCAUUCAAGGAAAGAGGUACCGCACCCAAAUGACAAGCCUUCAAGUACGCAUAAUGAAAAGUAUCUUUAUAGACUACAAGACACCUACCAUGGCAGAAUGUGAAAUGCUGGGACGUGAAAUUGGUUUGCCAAAACGAGUGGUUCAAGUUUGGUUCCAAAAUGCCAGAGCCAAAGAAAAGAAGGCCAAAUUAACCAUGAGCAAAGGUUAUAGUGCUGAAUUGGAUUUCCCCAAGCCCCCUGAAGAAUGUUCCUUAUGUCAUUUUAAAUAUUCCCACAAAUAUACCAUCCAAGACCAUAUCUUCACAAAGAAACAUAUUGAAAAAGUACGAAUGUACAUUCAGUCCCAAUCUGAUGUGGAGAGCAAUCUCACUGGACAAGGAACUUCCUCUUCAACAUCAGAUGCCUUACACCAGCAUCAGGAGAUGGGACGUAUGAGGAAAGCAUGGGAUGAAGCAGCUGCCCUUGCCAGCGGCGAGUCCCAAUUAGCUCAGAUUCAGGCCAUGAGGCUGGGGGCUUUAGGAUUGCCCCAGAUGCCAGGUUUCAAUCCAGCAGAUGUUCUUAAAGACUUGAAGAAAGAAAAGAAAGAAAAAGAUUCAGAAAAUGAUUCUAAAUCACAAGGUAGCAACAAAGAAAACGAUGUUGCUGCUCAGAUUGCUGCUGCCAACAUGAUGAACCCAUUUGGUGCUGGUUUCCUUCCUGGAAUGGAUCCCUCAAUGUUUCCAUACUUGGGAUUUCCUGGAAUGCCAGGGUUCAUGCCUGGGAUGGGGAUGCCCUUCAUGCCUCCAGGAUUCAUGCCAGGUGCAGAACACUUGCUGCAGUAUGACCCCAUGACCUUUGGGACACCAUUGUCACUAUUACAAAUUCCUCCUCAAGCCAUCAAAGAUGUGAGCAUCAAACUCUCGGAACCCAAGGCCAAUGUAGCCCAAUACACGCAGGAUUGUAAGUCCAUAAACAGUCUCAAGUCGUUGGUCAACUCAGUUGACUACAGCUGUGCAAGGGAGUCCACUGUUGAUGUAGGAUACAUCUGCAAAAAAUGCCAGACUGUGUACCCGGCUAAGGAUGCCUGCCUAGCUCACCAGAAGACUCUCUGCUAUCCCACAGUCCCGGAAAACAUUCAGCCACUUUUGAAGCUGGAACAGAUCCAGUAUGAAUGCUGUCUCUGCACUGAUAAAUGGUCCACUGUUCAGGAAUAUAAACAGCACUGUCAGGGGGAGUCUCACAAAGCUAGAACAGCCCGACUACAUCAUAAAAUCAGUCCUUCUAAAUCUUCAGCAACAAGUCAUUCAGCAGUUCAGGGGACCACUCAACCCAAGGAUUCCUCCCAUACUCCCACAAAAUCUCUCAGUUCUUCCAUUAUACCCUCCCCAUUGCCAAAAAAUGACUUGAAAGGAGACCAAAAUGAGGCCAGUGAUUGAAGUUCAUAAGAAAUUGUGUAGACAUUUCAUUUGUUGUGUAAACAUCCUAUGUUUCUAUGAACGAUAGGUUUAGAUGUAUUUUUGUUACCAUUUUUUCAUGCAUGUUUUAGAUGUUGGUGUGCAUCUUUGUUGUUGUGUGCGAGACAGAGACUCGUUAAGUGCUGUGGGUGCCACCGUAUUUGUUGCCGGAGUAAUUCGGCCACAUAUCCUUCAUGUUGACGUUGUUAUAAAUGAUUCGUUAUUGUUUUGUGCUACAUUUUAAAUGUGGUAUAUGAUUACUGUUUAUAUACAUUAGGGUUCAUUUUAUAUACAUAGUUGCAUUUAUUUUAGUCAAAUGUUUUUGUAUAUUAGGUGUAUAUUGAUGCAGGAGGUGACCGAGAACAUGUAGACCAAAUUCAGUGUAUCAACAUUAUACGUAUAAUCAGGUUUUUUUCUCUGGUAGAUUAGGUAAUUAGAAGUAUACAAAUAUGGCUUCCAGUUAUCUCAGCAACCAAAAUUAGAAAUCAAAAAAGACAUAUGAAACAUAUUUACUUUUCUUACUUGGUAAGACUGAUGGGUUUAGUGGCUGAAAGCUACUAUAAGGUUUAACCAACCCAUUCAUUUGAAUUGUUUUCUUUUUGUUCCGGAAAUAGUCCCAGGCAUUUGGUUUCCAGUUGGCUGCCUUAUAUGGACAUGUACCAUUGUAGGUUCCAGAUAGCUGUUUAGCAUCAGUAGUCCCAAAACUUUUAUUAUACAUAUUUUUUUUAUUCUUUUCAUUCCAUAUUUGAAAUAGAUAUUUUGACAUAAUAUUUUUUGUUCUCUGAAUUUGCUCAGAGUAUCUGCUAUCAUAGACAAGAGGAUAUAUUUUUAGAAGCUUAGAAAACUUUGCUUUUCUUGUAUCAUGUACAAAUUAUUUUAUUUUGUCAUGAGUUUCAAAGGUUGUUAUAUUUUUGUGGUCAAAUGAGCAUUUGCCAUAUAUGCAUUUAAUUUCUUGUAGCAUCUAAUUUGAACUGCUAUCAAUUGCCUAGAAAAAAUAUCCUUAGAUUUAAAUAAAAAUGAAGUAUUAAUUACACUUUUCAUAUAUAUAACAAAUUUCUUAGAACAUAUCAUAAUCACAUUAAAUUUUUCGUUCUAUCUAUGUAAUGCAUUCUAAACAGUUAUGUACAAGCAAGAAUUGAUGUUUGAGAAACUACCAUUAAAAUUACCAACCAGUGAGAUAAGACAAGAGUUAUGGAACUUGUCGUAUAACAAUUGGCCAUGUAAUCCUUGCUUAUGUUAGUUCAUUAGCUGCAUUAGGGUAAUUUGUACUAUUCUUGAUCUCAAUGAUUUCUCUUUUUUUUUUUUCUAUUUGACCUCAUGUAAGAAAUCCUUCUGUAAUUUUUCCUUUGUUCAUUUUAGUUGUAAUAUAGUCAAUUUAGUUAUAUACUUAUACAAUGUAUUUACAAGCAUAUACAUGUAAAUUUUCAUUUCUUUUCAAUUCACCAUUUCUGAACCUUUUUCUUUUUUGGGCUUUGCUUAUUAGUCAGGCACUUUUCAAAUUCUAGCAAAGUAUAAAUGUUCACAGUGUCAUACCCUGAUAAAUAAAUGCAAUCUCGAGCAAGUAUCAUAUGUUCCUAUAUUUCCCCCUCGACAUCCAAACAUUUAAACAAAGGUGCUGUUCUUAUUUGAAUUAAGAUUGAAAGAAAGUCAGUUGGUCCCAUGAGGGAACAUGUAUUCAUAUUCUGUUGUUUUGAAACUGUUUUUUGAAGUCACUUCAAGAGGUGUUCAUCAUAGUAUUUGCUAAUCUUUAGCAAAACAGUCAAUAUUUUACUCCUUUUUUCAUUUUCACUGUUACAUCUUUUAGACAUUUUAAAGAGAAGUUAUAUGUAGUCUGCUUUGCAAAUAUAAAAGAAGAAAUAAAUAUAUCUAAAAAUGUA